AUGACUAAUAAAAAUUUUGAUACAAAAGGAGCAGAAUAUGUUAAUAAAAAUAUGCCAAUGAUUGGAUUAGGUACUUAUCAAAUAAAUUCUGAAAAAAUAAUUUUUGAAGUUUUGGAUUCUGCUUUAGAUGUUGGUUAUAGAUUAAUAGAUACAGCACAAAUAUAUAAAAAUGAAAAAUAUAUUGGUAAAGCUCUUCAAGAAUUAAUGCCUAAAUAUAAAAUUAAAAGAGAGGAUUUAUUUAUAACAACAAAACUGUCACCAAGUAACCAAGGAAUCAAAAAUUGUCGUCAAUCUGUGUUAGACUCGUUAGAAAAAUUACAAAUUGAAUAUCUAGAUUUGUUGCUUAUUCACUGGCCUGGGACUUCUAAAUUGAGAAAAAAUGAUCCUAAAAAUUCCUAUUUGAGAGCAGAAAGUUGGAAAGAAAUGGAGAAAUUACAGAAAGAAGGCUUAAUUCGCGCUAUCGGUGUUUCCAAUUAUAACGUUAACCAUUUAGAGGAAUUACUGGUAAAAGCAGAAAUAUUACCAGCUGUAAAUCAAUGUGAAUGUCAUCCACACUGGUACCAGCCAGAUUUAAUUGAAUUUUGUUGUCGAAAUGGAAUACAUUUUCAGGCCUACAGCAGUUUUGGAAGUCAAUCAAACCAUCAAGAUUUAUUUUCCGAUGAAAAAAUUAUGAGAAUGGCAAACAAAUAUAAUUGUAAAGUACAAGAUUUUCUUCUAGGUUGGGCGUUAACACAAGGAAUGAGUGUACUCCCUCGAAGUAAAAACCCAGAACAUGUCCGUGCAAACUUUAUAGGAGCUAAUAAUAUAAAAGUAAAUAUUGAAGAUGUCGAAGCAGUUAGAUUGAAACCUGACGAAAAAAUAAAAUAUUGUUGGGACCCAGAAGGAUUAAAAUAA